GUGUCUCUUGGAACCUCGAUGAACGGCCUAGAUGCCCAUUUUAAGGAUGUCUCCUGGAUCAACGUGGAGACAUACUAGCUUCCUAUUGGUCCACAAACUUGAACUAGGCGGUUUUUUCUCAAAACUUCGGCUCACCGCGCCGACAUCCAACUACGUCGUCGUUUAUCUCAAACUGGAAUAAAAAGUGGCAAUGGAAACGGCGGCGUUUGUCACUGUCCUAUAGAAUCUAUUCCUGCGAGACAGAAGAACACGUGUUUAGACAUGAUUGGUCAAGUUAACCUAAAAUUGCUUUUUUUUUUUUUUUUGCAGUUUUUUAAUUUCUACGAAAGAAGAUAACUUUAAUAGACAGAGUCUCAUAUCAUUCAAGCUGAGGCGAAAGCUAUGGCGUUACACUGUCAUUUAAGCGGGACGACAAUCCAAUCCCUAAAAGUGGCUACGAUUCCAAUCUCAUCUUCCUCGCCACGGUUCAUUUUCCGUUCACUUCCCAAAACCCUAAACCUCACUUUAUUUUCCCGCCACAGUCCACCGAAAACACCGCUUUUUACUCUUCUCAUUAGAGCCCUUUCAGCCCCGGCUGUGGCUACCUCACCCGCCGCCGAAAUUUCCGAUGAUAAAGUUGUAAAGCCGCAAUGGAAGGCUGCUAUAGAUUUCAAGUGGAUAAGGGAUAAUAAAGAAGCCGUUGCUGUUAAUAUUAAGAAUAGGAAUUCCAAUGCAAAUUUGGAGCUUGUCCUUGAACUUUAUGAUAAAAUGUUGAAUCUUCAAAAGGAAGUUGAGCGGCUUCGAAGGGAAAGGAAUAAUGUUGCAAACAAGGUGAAAGGCAAAUUGGAACCUUCUGAGCGUCAAAAGCUCAUAGAAGAAGGAAAGAAUUUGAAGGAAGGACUUGUGACUUUGGAAGAAGACCUUAUCAAAUUAAGUGAUGAGCUUCAGCUUGAAGCGCAAUGUAUACCAAAUAUGACUCACCCGGCUGUUCCAAUUGGAGGGGAAUAUAAUUCAAACUUGAGGAAUAUGGUUGGUAGCCCCCGUACAUUUGACUUCCCUGUCAAGGAUCAUCUUCAAAUUGGGAAGGAGCUAGAUCUAUUUGAUUUUGAUGCUGCUGCAGAGGUAAGUGGUUCAAAAUUUUACUACCUGAAGAAUGAAGCAGUGAUGCUGGAAAUGGCCCUCGUGAACUGGACACUGACAGAAGUCAUGAAAAGGGGCUUUACACCACUGACAACACCGGAAAUUGUCAGGUCAUCUGUUGUUGAAAAAUGUGGCUUCCAGCCUCGUGGAGAAAAUACGCAGGUUUAUUCCAUUGAGGAUACUGACCAGUGCCUCAUUGGCACCGCAGAGAUUCCUGUAGGGGGAAUUCACAUGAAUUCUAUUGUUGCUGAGUCCUCAUUACCCCUAAAAUAUGUGGCAUUUUCCCAUUGUUUUCGUACUGAGGCUGGCGCUGCUGGCACAGCAACAAGGGGUCUUUAUAGAGUACACCAAUUCAGCAAGGUGGAAAUGUUUAUUUUAUGCAGACCAGAGGAAAGUGAUAUGUAUCAUGAGGAGCUUAUUAAAAUUGAAGAAGACCUCUUUUCGUCUCUAGGAUUGCAUUUCGUAUCUUUAGAUAUGGCUACCGGGGACCUGGGUGCACCUGCAUAUCGUAAAUUUGAUGUGGAGGCAUGGAUGCCAGGUUUAGAACGCUACGGUGAGAUAUCAAGUGCAUCAAAUUGUACUGACUAUCAAAGCCGCCGACUGGGCAUUCGGUAUCGUCCAUCAGAAUCACCCUCAACAACUUCCAAGAAGGGUAAAACCAACCUUGCUGCAGCCAGAUUUGUUCAUACAUUAAAUGCAACAGCAUGUGCAGUUCCUAGGAUCCUCGUUUGUUUGCUGGAGAAUUUUCAGCAAGAAGAUGGCUCGGUUAUUAUUCCACAUCGAUUAAGACCAUUCAUGGGUGGGACUGAACUUAUAUCUCCUAAAUCUAGAUGAAACGGAUUCGUGGUAACAAUAAUCCUCUCAUGGGGGUAUUUUCCAUAAGUUUAGGCAUGUUGUAGUCUCUGAAAAAAGAGAAAAUGGGAAAAGACAUAGAAAGUUUAUGUUGGAGGAAAAACAAAGAAAAAACUGAAAGUACAUUUUUUCCAAGAAUUGGAGAGUGAUUAAUAUUUCUGAGGUUUUGUUGAAUUUG